GUUUGCUUCGGCCCGCGAUCGAGGGCUGGCCACAACAGAUCGGCACCAACCGCGACGGCACCCACCACCUCCGCGGCUCAUCAAUUAGGACCCGAAGACGGAGCGCAUAGCCAGCUUGUACUACGCAACCCGCUUUCUUAAGCUUGGGCCAUACCGACAGCCAAUUCGCCAGCCAGCUUCGGCCAGACACACACGAACCCACGACCGCGAACCAUGUCCGACUCGGAGGAUCCUGUCGACAUGCCCGAGGGCGGUGAUGACCUCUUCGGAGAGGAGUCAGACAACGAGCGUCCGCUUAGUGAUCACGAGCUCGACGACGAAGACGACGACAGGCAGCGCGACGAUGACCGUGGUGGCGAGGAUGAGGGCCCGGUGGAGUUCAAGCAGACGCGUGUGCAGGAUCAGGUCGUCUAUCGACACCGCGCCCCGAAGCCGAAGGAUGGCGUUCUGCGCACGAUGAGGAUACCCGAUUUUCUUCGUGUGGUUCCCGAGCAGUACAAGGAGGACACGUACCAGCCGACCGAGGUCGAUCUCGCCGAGGACCGAAAGAAGUACCCCGCAAGCGCUAUCCGCUGGCGCCGCAACCUAGAGACGGGCAAGCCUGAGAGCAACGCGGCCAUCUAUAGGUGGAGCGACGGAUCCGUGACGCUGGCGGUGGGCGACCAGCACUACGAGGUGGACGUCAAGUCUCUGGCGCCGCCAGCCAAGUCUUACGACGCGAGGCGUGAUGCAAAUUACUACGCAGCCGCGGCGCACCUGAGCUCCAACAUGAUGCUGUCGGUGGGCCACAUCACCGAGGAGUACAAGGUCAAACCGAACGCGGCACUCGAGAACGCAGCUGUGGACCGGCUUAUGGCCACGAUGGACGCGGCAACCAAGAACCGUCACGCGGACGAAGGUGUCAUAUUCCGCGCCGCCGAAGACCCAGAAACGCUGCGGAAGCAGGCCGAGCUGGCAGAGAAGGAGCGUGAGCGAGCUCGGCGCCGCAAAGAGAAUGCUGCCGCGCGCCUGGACGCUGGUCCAAGCGCCCGCCGGGCUGGUGGUGGCGGUGGGCUGUCUAUCAGCGGACUGGAGAGCGGUGAGCGGUCGAGCGGCCGGCGCGGCAAGGGCUCAGGUGGUGCGCAGCGGCAAAAGAGACGAAACCCCGAAUACGAUUCGGACGACGACCUGCCGCAGGGCGCUCGGCGAGGGGACGACUACGACAUGGGAGACGAUUUUAUCGCGCCUAGUGACGAGGAAAUCUCGCAAGGCGACGAUGAUGAGGAGGAGGAACUGCUAGAUGACGACGAUGAGGAGGAGGAGAGGCGGGCACCGCGGGCCAAGCGGCAGAGGACGGCCGAGUCUGUCGACGACGAUGCGGACGGAGACGAGGAUGCGCCGGCUGCACAUGCCGACCGCAGGGCUAGGAGGCACAUUGUGGAUGAUGAUGAUGAGUGAGGAAAGAUAAUGGCGGAAGGCGGAACGGCUUUAACGGGCCGAGUGGUAGCAGAAACCUUGUAUCAUUAGAGGCUUCAUCUAUAGCUUGGAGAAGAUAAGAAUGACAGCUGAUAGACGGGGCGUGGGCACGGGGAAAUCUAGAGGCGCUACUCAAGAUACGGGCCUUCACAGCAAAA